AACAUAGGGGCCGAGCAACAAUGGCGCCCAGCGUGUGGGUGCGGUCAAGUGGCUUUGUGGGGGCCGACAUGCAGAUGCUCUGCUCUCCCUGACCUUGCUCUCUGUCAGAGGGAGGAGGCUGCCUUUUGUAGUUGCACAAAGGCUCUUGUGUGUGCUGGGGAAGGCCCUGCCUUCUGGCCUGGUGUCCUUGGUGAAGGAGCUCUCCCCCCUUGGUUAAGUGUUGUUCUCAGGCAGGACCGGCUGCUCCUUGAGGACCUUUGGUAAUCAGAGUAAAAGCAGAGCCACCAGGCUUGUGAGCUGUUGCUGAGGUGGCAGCUCCAUUCUCUCUGUCCUUGAGGAAGAACUUCAACUCUGCCUUCCAGCAAGACACUGCAAAGCUGUAGCCAUACACAACAGAUGUAACAUCUCCGUUUAGAUAUGGAGAAUGGCCUGUCCUGAGCUCUUUGCCAAGGGCGGAGAUACUGAAAGGACUCUGCAGGUGCCUGCCAUCAGGAGCCCACAGCCUGGGAGGGAACAGAGAUGACAGGCAGGCUUUACACUGGAGUGCCCAGAGCCUCUGUUGUUUGCUUAGAAUACAGAUGGGCAGGAAGCAGAGUGCAGUUAACAUUUCUGAGGGGAGGAACUCAGGAAAUUCUUGGAGUUUUAAAAUCGGUUAUGGAAGGUUCUGCAACAGAAGGAUCCGAGCUGCGCGGUUUACAUACUCGAGGAAACAUUUACUUGUUAGAAAUUCUUGGUUUUCAUCCCCGGGGGUAAUGCUGCUGGUACCAUUGACUAGAGACAAAGGAUACUGUGAAGUGCCCUACAGCGCCACACAAAGUGCUCUGGCGGUCACUAGUGCAGCAGAGAAGCUCAGGGUUAAGGUUAUUGUAAGUCAUUCUGAAAGACCCAAAACAAAGGGCAGAGGUGAGGUUUGCACCACUGCUGGGCCCUGCCUGGGCAAGGUCUCUUAAGGGUUUGGACCUCUUUGAGGGUCAUGGGACCAACUGGUUCAUCAGCCUUUUUUUAGGCUGUGAAGGGAAUCAGAGGACCGGAGGGGGGGGCAGGUAGCACCUAGCCCAGUUCUAAUGGUCAAGUCAUCCAGUGGGCUCAGGACAGUUGGGGAUUCAGACUCCAGGCCCAGGCUUUUCUGCAUACCCCCCAGGCAACAUGAACCUAAGAAGCUACAGAACACUAGGCCACCUGAAGGAACACAAAACCAGGAUGCCAAUGGGGACUGUGGGUAGAGAAAGACGACCCAGCUCUCCCCACAAAGCUAUUCCAGAAGUUAAACAAGAGACAGGGGCUCCUGCACUAGGGUGACAGAAUUCAUGGGAACAUCAAGAGGUUAGUGACCCAGAGCACUGUGAGGGGUGAAGACGGAAAGGAUUUGGUCAGUGAGGAAAAACCGACAGACUCUGGAAGGGUGUUGGAUUUGGAAGAGCCCAUGGAGCAGGCUAGAGGAUAUGUCCCAGCAGCCAUCAGCUCUGUAGGUCUGGACAUCUGUCAGAGCCUUCUGUAGUCUGGGUCUUCUAAACAUAGCGCGCUGCAGGGCAAGGCAGAGCCCUCCUCCUCUCUGUUCUCUAAUGGCAAUUAAGGGAAGAUGCUGGAAAGCGAGAGGAGUCAUUAAAGUUGAAUGGCAGCUAGAAGGGCAUUCUAGGGCUCCCUAACACCCUCCCUCCCACUCCCCCGCCCCUGCUGCCUGGGCAGGCCAUCAAAGGAGGAGAUGAUGAGCCAUGGAACCACCCCACGAGGAGUCCUACAGCAUCAGAGCCUCUUUGCCAGUGCGCCUGCGACAGCUUCUAAACAAGCGCCAGCUCGAAUUAACCUCUCUCUCUCUUUCGCUGCGUCACGCCUCAGUAGGUAACCAGGUGAAGGAUUCUGGAUUCAGGGCCAGCCAGAAGGAGCGGUGAUUUUCUCUCCCGACCCAAUCUGUUUCCUUGGAUUCUGAGUCUGUAAAGUCAUAUAUAUGUUGUAAAUCCCGAGCCUCCAUCUUCAGCAGGAGCCUUGAAGUUAGUCUCGGCAUGGAAAAUCCUGGGCUAGGCUGUCCUGGAAGUUGCUUUGUGGCCACGGAUGACCUUGAACUUCUGAUCCUCCUAUGUCUACAUCUUAAUGCUGGGAUUACAGAAAUGAGCCACCACUCUUUUAAGAGUGACUAACUGAAGAGACGGCUCAGCAGGUCAUUGCUGUGGUCAUGGAUCUUUUCACUGAUGGGGAUAUAUUCCAAGACAUUGUGGAUGCUGCCUCUAAGCGCCGGGUCCCUGUAUACAUCAUCCUGGAUGAGGCAGGAGUGAAGUACUUUUUGGAGAUGUGUCAGGGCCUGGAGCUUGUAGAGUUCCGCAUUCGGAACAUCCGUGUCCGCUCUGUGACAGGAGUUGGCUUCUACAUGCCCAUGGGAAAGAUCAAGGGGACUCUCUCAUCGAGGUUCCUGAUGGUGGAUGGGGACAAAGUGGCCACCGGAUCUUACAGCUUUACUUGGAGCUCCUCCUAUGUGGACAGGAAUCUUCUCUUGCUCCUGACAGGGCAGAACGUGGAGCCCUUUGACAUAGAGUUCCGGGAGCUGUAUGCUAUCUCUGAGGAGGUGAACUUGUACCAGCACCUGGGCCUGGCAGGCUGGCGUGGCCUCAACUACUCCUCUACUGUAGCUCGCAAGCUCAUCAACCCCAAGUACGCCUUAGUGGCAGGCAGCCGCCCUCCUCCAGGAGAGAUGAUGCGCUGGGCGGCCCGGCAGCAACGGGAAGCUGGUUCAGAGGGACAGGAAGAGGGCAGUAGCGGUGGUGAGUCUGCCCGGCGUCUGGAGAGCUUUCUGAAUGACCUGGUCACAGUAGAGCAGGUAUUGCCCACAGUGGAACCCAUUCCCUCGAGACCGCUGAGACCGAAGGAUGGCAGGAUGGUCUCUCCCAUGCACGCAGACCUGAGGCACAAGUCCCGAGAGGCGCUCCCCCAGAAUGGCAAAGGAGAAGCUGCCAAUGGAGAGGCCACCCCCGCCAAGGAGAGCAGGCGCUUCAGCAGCAGGUUCUUCAGCCGACGAGUGAAGAGGCCAGCAGUGCCCAACAACAUGGCCAGCUCCCCUUCCACAGAGACUUUUGCCGAUGUGGAGUUUCCUCUGGGGAAGAGGCCCAACGACGGUUCUAGUGCCAAUGUGUCAGGUAAAGGAAGCCCCAGUGUCACCAAGCGCAGCAACUGUGUCAUCUCCUGAGCUGCAGGGUAGUGGUGGGCGGGCCCUGCAGACACCCAUCCUGUGCCGUGCUGAGGGGAGCAUGGCCUGUACCCUGCACGGGGUUCCACGUCAGACCCUCAUGAAGCCUUCUACCCUGCAGCCUCCAUCCAGCCCUAGGGCCGGGAUCCCAGGUGGCAGGAUCUGAAGCGUCUCAACCAUUCCGUGUCUGUGGCAGACCGAGAUAGCUGCACAAGGAUCGCCGCGGCCUUGUUUACAUGAAGUAGAAGCCUGCCUAGUGUCUGCUCUCCUUUAUGCCAACCUGUCCUCCGCUGGGCCAGCCUGCCCUACAGGUCCUCAGGUGGGACAAGGGUCGUUCUUCCUGCCUUGGUAGGACAGGACGUCCAGGGCAGCCCCAGCCUCUUGGCCUUUUCCUUGGACUUCUGGUGUAGUUCCCCAUAAUCCAGAAGUUGGUGGAAAAGGGUGAAGAGGGCAGUACUCUGAGCCAGUCUUGCUCCAGCCUUGAAACUCCAGGUAGAAGAUACACCUCAAACAGCUGGGACAUUGGCUAUUGUGGCCUUAUGGGCACCCAUUCCUGCCGGCUCCUCUGAGUGGGGUUGGGGAUACUGCAGCCUCUAGCUAGUGGCAGGAUCUGACCGUGAAGAGCCCCUUUCCCUCCUACACUGUCAUAGCAAGCCUGGCCUGAGAGCCCCAGGGCUCACUGGCUGGUGCUGUUGAAAACUGGGCCUCUCUAGAGUGCCUUUCUUUGUGCCUGCUCCUUUCAGGGAGCUUUUGUUUACAGACCUUGUGGAGGCCGGGUCCUUGGAGGAGAGGGGGCCGUGCCCUGGGACAAGAACAUUUGUAUUUUUUCCCUGAUGGUUCUUGGCCUUCUUCACCCAUUAGGGCUUCCUCAGUGAAAUUUCAGCCAAAAACUAGCCUUAGCCUCCUCUAAAGUGUCAGGCUGUUCUUAGAAGCCUCAGUUUCUCUAAAACAGGUUGGCCUAAUUGUCAGGGCAAGCAGCUACCUCUCCUCACAGUGCCCUGUCUAGGCUGAGGGAGAGAGCAUCAACCCAGAAGACGCCGGGGCAGACUGGGUCAGCCCUCUUGGACAGGCUGAGUGACAGAGGGGCAGAGGGCCACACAGAAGCCUUUCCAGGCCUCCCAACCAAACUCUGGGUACCACUAGAACCAAGGAGGGACCUGGGCAUCUGCAGAGGCAGCUGGUGAGAGGCAGGGAGGAGGCGCUGUAGGCUAUGGAAGUGGGGGGACACGUAGCAGCCUGUGCCUGUGUCUGGCCUCCCUGCUGGUGGGGAGGAAGAAGGAGACUAAUGAUGGCCUCAGCCCAGAAUCCCCCAGUGCCCCCGAGGUUAGUGUCCCGCCGUGGCUUCCCAAGUCUUUGUGAGAAUUAAACACUUCUGGUAAGUGCUUCCUGAUUCAA